CGGGCGUGCGCAGCAGCCACGUGUGCGGUCUGUGGCGAGCAAGACUUGGAUGAAUGUCGGCCAUGGUCGAGACCAGAACACAGCCGGGUCGGUGGGAUGGGCGAUGGGCGAUAGGCAGAGCGAGCGAGACAACCAUGCGUGGGUGCGCUGCGGUCUGCUGGUUGAUCGCCCACUGCAUCCAGUCAAUCGUCCGUCAUGUCGAACCUGCAUCCAUCCGAGGAGGGCUUCUUUCGCCGCACCAAGCGCAAGUUCCUGGAGAACCCCUUUAUCUUCCCUGGAUUCGUGGCCUGUACCUAUGGCCUGUUCCUGAUGAUCCGCAGCCUGAACCGGGGGGACAAGAUUGGGUUCCAGUAUGGCCAGCGUUUCCGAGUUGGCGCCCAUGUCCUGACGGUAGCGUUCUUUGCUGGCGGCAUGCUCUACCACGACUGGAACAAGAAGCAGAAGCAGAUCCAGGAGAGUGGGGCAGCAGCCCAAGCCUGAAGCGCUUCCCGGUAUCGCCGGCACUGUCCAUCGACCGCUUUUUACCACCAGCACCUACUCUCUGGACCAGCACAUGCCUCUGUAGACUGCAACGACGCUUGUCCAUCUGCUCAUCUCCGCCUAAUAUAUCAACCAUCGCUCGGCAUCAGCAUGAGCGCGCUGUUGCAUAGACC